AUGGGAGCCAGGAGGCAGAACCGGGUGCUGCAGGAACCAGAAGAAGGGUACGGCAGUGCCCGAGAGCUCAGCUAUCUGCACCGUGACGGCCGCCGCUUCGCCGUCGUCUUCCGCACCUUCGGCACUGACCUGCCCCGUGUGCUCCGCGCCCUGCGCUGCGCGCUGCAGGGGCAGCACCCCGGCUUCCCGGCCCUGCGGGGCCUGCCACUCCCUGUGGACACCAGCGUGGGGCAGAUCCGCUGCAGCGAGCAGGAGGUGGUGCUGUGCCAGGGCCACACCCGGCUCUCGACUCAGGACAACGUGCGGGCACUGUACAGCUUCUUCAGCGCCACAGAAGGGCUCAGUGGCUUCCAGGACCACUUCGACUGGUGGGCCAGAAACCACUUCUCCUGCCAGGGUGGGAAGCCCCUGUGGAUUGACCCCCACGACCCUGACGUCCACCACAUCUGCAUCGAUGACAACAUCCGGCUGGAUGAUUCGGACACCAUUGUCUGCCCCCAGGUGUUUUCAGAGCCAGGGGGCAGCUGCCCCAGGCUGGCACCCACCUCAGAGCUGUAUGGUGUGUGCCUGGUGCAGACCAACCUCCUGGAGGCCAUCGCGGACGAGGACUACUUCCUCCGCUGCGUGAGACAAUGCGAGGAGAACUACGAGCACUACCUGGCCAGUGCUGGGAACCAGCUGCAGAAUGGCCAGGCGCUGCCCCCGCUGCCCACGCCACGGGCCGGCGCCACCGCCGUGGCUCUGGGCAAGCAGGUCCUGGUCGUGGGCGGCAUGGACUCGCGGCAGAGCCCGCUGGCCUCCGUCGAAGCCUACAAUGCCGACGAGGGCAAGUGGGAGCGGAAGACCUCGCUGGCCCAGCCGUCCAUGGGCAUCGCCGCCAUCAGGAGAGACGGUACGGUCUACGCGCUCGGGGGCAUGGGUGCCGACACCUCCCCGCAGGCGCUGGCACGGGUCUCUGAGCCGGCCAAGGACCUCUGGCAGCCCCUGCCCUCCAUGCCCACCCCCUGCUACGGGGCCUCCGCCUUUCUGCAGGGCAGCAAGAUCUUCAUCUUGGGGGGCCGGCAGGGCAAGCUGCCCGUCACAGCCUUCGAGGCCUUUGACCUGGAGGUGAGGAGCUGGACGCGCUUCCCCAGUGUGCCCAGCCGCCGUGCCUUCUCCAGCUGCGCCAUGGUUGAGGGCUGCUUCUUCAGUCUCGGGGGCUUGCAGCAGCCUGGCCCCCACAACUUCUACUCCCGGCCCCACUUCGUCAACACCGUGGAGAUGUUCGACCCCGAGCAGGGUGCCUGGGUGAAGCCGAGCCGCGCCAUCCGCAUGCGGGACAAGAGGGCUGACUUCGUGGCAGGCUGCCUUGGUGGGCGAGUAGUGGCGGUGGGUGGCCUCGGGAACCAGCCGUGCCCUCUCGACUCGGUGGAAGGAUUUAGCUUGAGCAGGAAGAAGUGGGAGCCGCUGCCACCCAUGCCCACGGGCCGCUGUUCCUGCUCCAGCUUCCAGGCACAAAACCUGCUCUUUGUGAUCGGUGGGGUGGCGCAGGGGCCCAGCAGCGCUGUGGAGGCACUGUGCCUGCGGGAGGGGGCCUGACAGCAGCUCCCACCACCAAGGAUCCAGCAGCAGGCCUGAGGACCAAGUGCCUGAAGACGGCGGCGGGGAGCAAAAGCUGUAGUUGCUGUGGCGGGCACCGGAGCAGUGACGUUUUCUUUCACUGUUUAGAAAACUAAUUUCAGCUUCUUCAAGUCUAGAGUAGCUCGGUGGUGGGCGCUGGCUCUGUCUUGCCUGGGAAGGGGGGAGAAUCGGCUCCAUCCACCCCCUCAAUGGAGCAGGGAGGGACAGUCCUCGGCAGAGGCAAGCUGGCAUCCUGCCCUUGCUGGCCUAAGCUGCCUGUUGUCCAGUUUGGGUGUCUGUGCCGUCCUUUUGCAGCUGUAUCGUGUGCCGCACAGUGAGGAGAGAGGAGGAGAGGGGCUAUAUGCUCAUAGUGAGCGCUGUGUCGUUGUAGACCCAGUCUGUGUCUCAUGUAGCACAUCGGGUGCCCUGUAGCUCAGUGCCUAGGAGGUGACGUAGCACCUCAAAUAAACCAACAAGUGGAAUUUUA